AUGUCUAAGUACGAAGACCCACUUGGGAAUAUAAAUUCCACUUUCAUCAUUCUCAGUGAGACAUUCAUACAACGUAUAUCAGAGUCGGUGUUUGUGGGACUGUGUGAUAUAGUGGGGACCUCACAAAUGGUGGCCAUGAGGAGAGAUGUGAUGGACAUCAGGGAGAUGGUGGGAAAUCAAGCGAAAACAAUUGGCAGUAGCAUGCUGAGUGGAAGUUACAGAGAAGGAUUCAGACUGGAAGGAUCAGAUGUAGAUGUUAUGUACUGGCUAAAUAAUCACAGUGUGAUCUGGGACUUAUCUCAGUCUCAGUAUUACAAAACACACAGACAAACUCUGAUCCUCUGUGACUGUUCUGAUAGUCCACCAGGAUUUACUUUGUUAUAUUUACUGUCACCAAGCAGGGACCGACAAAUUCAUGGAGCUUGUGUUAGAAUGUAUAACAGAUAUUAUUUAUCUAGCUCUGAAUUCAGACAGAUUUGUAUAUUUGCAUUUCAAAAAAGUGAUAACACCACUCCACAUGGACCCUGUGCCAGUGUAACAUCUGGAGGACGAGAAUUUGAUCAUGCCCUCUGUUUUGUCAGUGACUUUUGGCCUCCCUCUGCCUCCUCAUGGAUAGACAGAUGUCACUCAUGGCCCCAGCCUCAUGUUGUUAAUGAUAUUGUAAAAAAUGGAUGUCACUUUGUAGCGAUUGGACAUCCGCUAGGAAAUCAUGAAGAUCUUGAAUGGAGAAUUUCUUUUUCCCUAGCAGAACGAAAACUUGUGUAUGUAAUGAAUCACUGUCAAUUCGUAACUUACGGCUUGCUGAAAUUGAUCUUAACAGAAAUAUUUAACAAUGGAGUAGGUGAUGAUGAUAAAUUACUGUGUUCCUAUCACAUGAAGACGGCAGUUUUCUGGGUGAUUCAACAAAAUACAAUACCUCACUGGUCUCCACAAAAUCUCCUGGGGGGUUUCUGGGUCUGUUUUAAACUCAUCCUCAAAUGGGUGUAUGAGGGGGUCUGUCCUAACUUUUUCAUUCCAGACAACAACAUGUUUCUGAGUAAAAUUCAUGGCGUCAAACAACAUCAAUUAUUUAUAAGACUGUCAGAGUUGUAUGAGAAGGGUUUAGCAUUCUUGCUACACAGUCCCUGCAUUAGAUCUUAUAUUAUAGAUGUCCUCUAUAACCCCAGAAACUCCAUCUGUACAGAUGAUCAUACUCUGAUUUCUGAGGCUCAGUUUGAUAGAAAUAUAUUAUUAUAUGAAACAUUACUUGAUGGCCCAAUAAAUCAAUUGGACACACAAAUCUGCAUUAGAUAUCUACAUGCAAUAGAACAGAUGAUAGGAUCACCCCUCCUGACACAAUAUCAAGUCCACAAGCUACAGAACAUGACCGCUAUGAUCCUUCAGUACACUGCUUUUACAUUACACAUGGAAACUUACACACCUGACAACAAACUGAGGUAUAGAGCUGACAAAAUGUCCUGUCACAUGCUGAAAUUAGCAGCCAAGUUUGGUUUUAUUACAGACAUGCUGUACAUAGCCAUGUAUUAUUACAAGACACUUAGAUACACGGAAGCUUUAUCUAUUAUAGAGAUGAUCAAGGUCAAGUUAGCACAGCCAUAUGUGAUGUGUAUGGGUAAUGUAAAUAUAGAUAUGUACUAUAUUGAGGCUGUAGGGGGGCAGUCCUGGUCUAAAAAGAUGAGACAGGCUGCAGCAUGGAUUAUCUUACUUAGCAAUGAAAUCCAUUACAUCAAUGAACUGAUACCAGAACAACAGUCUGCUCUAAAGAACCACACGUUUCCAUUAGGUGUACCACCCUUGGUACUGUUAUACAUGCUAGAGAUCUUGUGCUACAGACAUGUAGACACAAUGCAAGCACAAACAGCUCUAGAUGAUCUACAGACCCUAGUGCACUAUGCUCAGGUACAGCUUAUACCUUCUGAUUCCAGAAACAUCUCGUGGCAGAUUCUAGGGAUCUGUCAACAGGUGACAGGGAACCUUCAGGCUGCUCUGUACUCAUACCAACAAUCUCUCAGACAAAAACCAUUCCACAGAAUACAAACAGCUACAGAAAUGAGAAUACAGAGUGUUUGCCAGUUGGCUUAG